AUGCCACCAAUUCGCUCUGAAUCUCGGCAGAAAUUGGCCAAUCAAGAGGGCAAGAUCCUAUUAACCCUUUCUGAUAUCAAAAAUGGCCGCGUUAAAUCUAUCCGCGCGGCAGCGAAGCUAUACGAAAUACCUCACACAACCUUAGCCGACCGCGCGAAAGGUGUACUUGCACGCGUUAAAUCUCGCCCAUCUCGCCUGAAAUUAACCCAAUUAGAAGAGGAUUCGCUUACUGAAUGGAUACUCUCUAUGGAUUCACGCGGUGCAUCCCCUAGACCGGCUACCGUGGGAGUAAUAGCCAAUAUCCUACUUGCUGCGCGCGGUAGCUACCCUCCGCCUACUAUUGGAAAGAAUUGGCCAUCAACCUUUAUUAACCGCCGUCCUGAGCUUCGUACACGCUUCUCGCGAAGAUACGAUUACCAAAGGGCACUAAACGAAGAUCCGAAAUCGAUUCGGCAGUGGUUCGCGACCGUACAAAGUGUGAUUGACGAGAACGGUAUACAACCGGAGGAUAUCUACAACUUUGAUGAGACAGGCUUUGCAAUAGGCCUUAUAUCUUCGCAGAAAGUAGUCACAAGGGCUGAAUACUACGGUCGGAGAUCUCUUCUACAACCAGGAAAUCGCGAAUAG